AUGGAACAAGACAAGAUGUCGCUGGACGCGGAGAAGGGGACUAUCGUGGUGGUCAGAGAAUCGAGGGGUAGAGGCUGCUUCUGGCAGUCUCUGUGCGCCCUGACGCUCCUCGCCUUGGUGGCCCUCGCUACCUACACCAUACUCCAUCAGAUGAAGGCAGUCCCAACAUACGUGGACGCGGUGCAGAGCUCGGAGAUCGCAUCUGCAAGCUUCCAGACAAGUAACGAUCUCGAACGGAUCGUGAAGGAAGUGCACUCAUUCAUUUACACAUUCAUUCAUGCAAUCAUCCAUUCAUUCAUCCAUGCUCACGGUGCCUCUCCCUCUCUCACAGCAACGAGUAUCAUCGAAGGCAAAGAGGUUGUCUGGCAGGACGAGACAGACUCCACACUAACAGAAGGAAUAGGUUUCGAGAACAACGGGCUGGUGAUCCGGACCGCCGGGCAGUACUUUGUCUACACCCAGGCGGUCUUUCAUGGCAAAGGCUGCAAGGAGGAACCCAUCUACCUGAGCCACAACAUCUCCUCGCUCUCGGCCAGCUACCCAGAAGAGAAUCUGCUCCUGAAGGCCAUCAAGUCCGUCUGCGACUACGGCCCUCACGGCGAAACAUGGUACAAGACAUCCUACCAGGGAGCCAUCUUCCACUUCCUGGAGGGAGACCAGAUCUACUCCAGAGUUACUGAGAAGGUGGUGAGCUUUGUGGACAUUGCUCAUGGGAAAACCUUCUUUGGUAUAUUCGCCUUGUGAGCAACUAGGUGCGAUUUUUCGACUGAAAGACAACAGUUUGAAUGGCAAUGCUGGCUCGAAGGGCCGAAUGGCCUACUCCUGCACCUAUUGUCUAUUGUCUAUUGUCAAACACACAAUGGGGCACAUUGUCCUAUACAGUAGCCUUUUGGGCAUUCAAUGCUUGGUUUAAGUCCAAUGUAAGCAGGUUUUUAUUUUUAAUGGUUAAAUGUUAAUUUUGUAUUAAAUUCGUUUUUUGUUCUUGUUGUAACAGAUAUUCUUUAGGGUAAUUACGCAGAUAGUUCUAAUAUAUUCUUGUUGCGUAUGGCGUGCACAGCCUAAAAUUGUCUUACAACUUGUUCUAUUCGAUCUUAAUUGAUUGGGCAAGCCAGGUUGAUUCUAUUCGUGGACGACGUGAAGGUUGCAAUCUCCCCACCCCUAUUCUAAUAUCUACUAAACAAAGUAUCAGGUCUGAUAUUCAGGCUGUUUAGCUUUAUGACCAGUUGUUGAUCCUUGAGGGGACUGGGCAUUGCAAUCUCUCUCCCUGUAAAACACAAAAUGCUGGAGUAACUCAGCAGGGCAGGCAGCAUCUCUGGAGGACAUGGAUGAAGCCACGUUUUGGGUCUGGACCUUCUCCAGACUCGGUCGGUCCCCUAUGUUGGACCUCUAUGGGUUCCCUCAAUGACCAAGUGCCUGCUAAGGCCCUGAGAUUCCUGGUUGGUGGGUGGACCCAGUCAUACGCGCUACUUUCCAAAUCGCUAAUUUGGUCAUGGUGUGGGGGGAAGUUGCAACAUUUGUUAUUUGUAAUUAGUUGCCAUCCAGCAGACUAAAAAUAUCUGUGAACGAUAUGAGUCAGCUCUCCACUCAAAAAAAUUGUCAUUUGGGUCUACUCUCUGUGGCUGGGUUUUUUUCUCCCAUGGGAUGCCCAGCUGCUUCUAUCCAUCCCUCUGGAAUACCUAAAUCUGUCGGCUCCAAUGGAGUCAACACCUUCUCGAAGGCACCCGAGAUGUCCAUCUUCAAUCAUCAGGCGAUGACCCUGGGGAGAACAAGUCCCAUCUCACCCAGUGAGAACCUCAACCCAAAGUCACAUGUCAACUGUGGCAAUCACCAGAGUAUAGAAUUAAUACAGGAAAAAGUCUCAUCUGUUUUAAAGAUGUCU